AAAGUUGGAUCUUCUUGACUUUCGCCACCUUGGCUGUCUCCUUUCUCCUUCGUCGGAUUCUUUUUUUGGGUUGUCGUGUUGACGACUCUGAAUUUUCUCGCUUGACGCAACGAAAAGGCUCAACAUUUCUAAUGCCGACGGCCUUAGUCAAGAUUCACUACGCGACUCGCAUGUAAACCUUGGCAGCGACCCUGCGGUCUUUCAGCACAAAUAGGUUGACGACAUUGAUGAUUGAUAGCUGUUCUAGAUUUGUCGGGUUGCUCUGUGUCUCUUGCUUGUGCAUGUAGUUGUCGAGCCAGGGCCGUUUUCCUCAAGUUGCAGUGGGGAUGUCAAUCCAAAUUGGGUGUGAGAUCGGUCGUGGUCUUUGUACGUUCCUAGACUUGAGCAGAGAAAUCCAGAAGAUUUUAGUACGAGUUUGUAGACUGCGAGGAGUUCCACAUACUUUGACGCCCGUAGCAUGAAGUCGUUUUACUUUCGAGAGUAGGUUACAACGUUUGUGGCUUAGGCGAUCGCUGGGUUUUUUCCUCGACACCGCUGGUUCUUCCUGCAGAUGUGGGAGAACCAGCAAGACGUUUGAAGGCGCUUGUAGAAAUCUGAGAAGAUGUCUAGCAAUGACUUCAAUGGGCAGGGAUACAGUGACGGAAGGGGUCUUGGUGGGCCUCACGACCACUCAGCUACAGGCAAUUUGCCGAUCUACUUGCUCUUCCUCAUCAUGCUUGGCUCGGGAAUCGUCACUCUCAUUUUUCUCUGGAUCUGCUUCCAGUAUAUUUGCCACAGGAGACGCGUCAGGGGCGCAAUUCGGGAUGACCAAGAGCGGGUCCUAUGGGCUGACGGGGCUUGGGAAGCAGGCGGUGCGGAACGAGCUCGCUACGAUGCAACAUCCUUGGACGUCAAGGAGAAAUUGGGUCCCAACGUCAAGGCUUGUGACGCCAGCGUUGAGCUGACAUACGUGGUGAUGGCGGGCGAAGAACACCCAACCUUUCUGGCACGCCCCCUCAGCAAAUCGUUUGAACUCCCUUCUCCUUCCUCUCCGAAGACAACCCACAACGCUCAAGCAACUAUAAGUCCGAAAAAGUCCUCUCCCUCAUGACGCACUCACACUCUCCGAUGCUCAGCACGUUUCGACGCUUUAUGAAGAGAGGCUCCACUACAGGCAAUUCUCAAAGGCUUGAAUCUCUUUCUGGUGUGCAAUUUAUGUGAACCGACAAACCAUUCGCUAGUCAACCUUAUUUUCAAUAACUCUCUUCUGCGGCGCAUGUUCAAACCUCUGAGUAGUAAUCACGGAACUUGUGAAUUACUGCCAUCAUCGAAGGCUCUUAGUGUGACCUGUCUGGAUCACAGUUCAACUUGGUUCUCAUGACGGAGGCGCUUGAUUGUGUUGGGUUUGUUCCGCUCUCUAGGGGUUGCUACUCAUGUUGAAACUGCACCAGAUCCUGGUAAGCAAUUUCUUCUGGAUUUCCAUUGAAUGAGUGUAUGUGUGUGGGCACCUGAGAGUAUAGAGCUUGUUCAGCCACUUCGCCUUCCUCCUGUGUAAAAUUCCAAAACCACCCUCAUCGAUUUGGCACACACUUUUAGAAAAAAAUUGCGGUCAGUUUCCAUGAACUUAUGUCACGUAUGCUCGAUGUAUGUUGAAUUUGUUCCAUCCCCGAAGCUGGCAUUGCGCUUGUCUCCAAACGCAGCCAGAUUCUGUCGAACGAUCUGCCGACUUCCCUGAGCUUCAUGGGCCUGCUUGAUUGCACGAAGAUGAGUCGAUCAGGACUAAAACUGUCCGGCAUAUGGGUUCCAUUCAACAUCGGCUUAAUCCCCACGGAGCAUCUGCGGGGAAGACAAUUGGGUGAACAUACUGCUGCAUUGGAAUUCGCACUAAGGGACGCAUCGAGUCCUUGUUUAAUAAACAUGCUGCAUGCGACAAUUCUCGCAUCCAGGGUUGUAUACCCCGUAAUUUUAACAUCUCGCACACCUGGUUCAUCAUCCCCACCUCAGGAAUCCAUCUUCCCCGAACGCGUCGCAAACUCUACAUCACCCAUUCCCUGUGCACUUCGGUUUCAGUCAGUUGCCAUUGCGACGGCGAUGGUCUGCGUUGCGACGAAACGGGGGUGCGUCGGGGUGGUGUGAAAUCGGUGCGUUUUAUCCGUUGUAUUGUUGUCUACGCGUAUAAUAUACUAUUAUUCUCCACUCUUGUGGAAGAUGUGGGAGGGAGAUGUAUUCUUAAGUGUGUUAGUGCUCUUUUGGUAAAUGUGUUGGUAUUGGUACACUAUGUACUUACAACAGCACUCUCUCUAUUGUACUAGUUUGAAAUUUGAUUAUCACAUGCAAUUUUUAAUU